CCAACAUAUUAUAUUCAUAUCUAUGUGUAAGCAUGAAAAUCAAAAUAGUAAGCAAGAAAUUGAUAAAACCAAGUACUCCAACUCCUCAAAGCCUUAGCAAGUACAAGAUUUCUUUCAUAGAUGAGCUUAUGCCACAACAAAUUACGGGCACCAUUUUCUUUUACUAUCCAAUAUUAUCGAAUACUCGAAAACAACAAAAUAUGUUACAGCUGGCAGAAUCAUUGUCCGAAAUCCUACAGAGAUUCUACCCUCUUGCCGGAAGAUACAUCAAGAAAGAUGGCUUCGUCGACUGCAGUGAUCAAGGCGUAGAGUUUGUCGAAGCACAAGCUGUUAGCGAUGACGUGGAUUUUGACGAUAUUGUCUCGAAAAUGGAAAUGGAGGAACUGAAUAAGUUAUUAUCACGUAAUUUAGACCAAGUUGACGAAUUACCGACGGAUCCACUCCUGUCUAUUCAGGUGACGGAAUUUAAGUGCGGGGGACUUGCAAUUGGCGUCAGCGUUGCUCACAGAAUCUUCGAUGGAUAUUCUUUUGGAAUAUUCAUGGACGCAUGGUCAAACACCAACAACAACAACAACAACAACAAUCAUCCAAAUCCAGGUGGCGAAAUCAUGAUCAUUUGCCCGAGUUUUGAUUUGGCAACGUUGUUUCCGGGCUACGGGCCUAGUUCCGGGCUGUCCGUGGCUCGCUCAUCAUAUCCUCCUAGCCCUAUCGUGAAGAGGUUCGCGUUUAGCAAGGAUGCAAUAACAAGCGUAAGAUCGAAACUAAUUCAAAGGCCAAAUAGUUAUUACUCGAGGGUGCGUGUGGUGUGUGCAGUUAUAGCCAAGGCCCUAAUCGGGGUGGAUCGGGCCAAGCUUGGAGGAAAAUCAAGACCUUGCCUCAUUGGUCAAGCGGUCAACAUGCGUGGUAGAACGAACCCACCGAUGCACAAGUAUUCUUGUGGGAAUUUCGUGUUAACGUCACUCACACAACUUUCCGAAAACAUAAUUGGGGUUCAAGAAUUGGCGGAUAAUAUGGGUGAUUCUGUCCGAAAGACCGUGGAUAGUUGUGCCGAAAUACUUUCUCAAAGUGCGAAACUACAUAGUACAAUCACGGAAACUUUUGCCUACAUCCGAGGGAAAAGAUUGAGCGGUGAGGUGAACGGUAUGUACUUUACGGAUUGGAGUAAGUUUGGAUUGUACGACGUUGAUUUCGGUUGGGGGAAGCCUGUCGGGGCAGGGAUCGGAGGAGUGCUCACAACGAACGUCGUAAGACUUGUGAGUAACAAAGAGGGUGAUGGAAUCGAGGCGUGGGUGCAUUUAAAUUUCAACGACAUGGCGUACUUCGAGCAAGACCGGGAUAUCAAAUUACUUGCAACCUAAGUUAUAAUAAUAUUAUGAAAAGUAAUUUUUUAUUUCUAGUGAAUUAUUGAUUUCUUUGGGUUACAAUUACAAAAUUAAAGACCCUUUAAAUAAAUAA